AUGGAGCUGCGCUCCGAGUUGCCCAGCGUACCCGGCGCGGCGACGGCGGCUGCGACAGCGACGGGCCCGCCCGUGGCUUCGGUGGCGUCGGUGGCAGCGGCGGCGGCGGCGGCCGCUUCGCUACCUGUGAGCGUGGCGGGCGGCUUGCUAAGAGCGCCGCCGCUGUUGUUGCGGGCUGCGGAGAAGUACCCGCGGACCCCCAAGUGCGCGCGCUGCCGCAACCACGGCGUGGUGUCUGCGCUCAAGGGCCACAAGCGCUACUGCCGCUGGAAGGAUUGCCUGUGCGCCAAGUGCACGCUCAUCGCCGAGCGCCAGCGCGUCAUGGCGGCGCAGGUGGCGCUGCGCAGGCAACAGGCGCAGGAAGAGAACGAGGCGCGCGAGUUACAGCUCCUCUACGGCACUGCCGAGGGCCUGGCGCUGGCCGCCGCCAACGGCAUCAUCCCGCCGCGACCCGCGUACGAGGUCUUCGGCUCUGUGUGCGCCGCCGACGGCGGGGGGCCGGGAGCGGGAGCGCCCGCGGGGACCGGAGGCGGCGCCGCGGGCGCGGGGAGCUCAGAGGCCAAGUUACAGAAGUUUGACGUAUUCCCCAAGACGCUGCUUCAGGCAGGCCGCGCAGGCAGCCCGCAGCCGCCGCCGGGAAAGCCCUUAUCACCCGACGGCGCGGACUCUGGUCCCGGAACAUCGUCCCCAGAGGUGCGAGCGGGCUCGGGCUCGGAGAACGGCGACGGCGAAUCCUUUUCUGGGUCGCCCCUGGCCCGGGCCUCCAAAGAGGCAGGUGGCAGCUGCCCAGGCAGCGCUGGCCCCGGAGGCGGCGGCGAGGAGGACAGCCCGGGAUCCGCCAGCCCUCUGGGUUCAGAAUCCGGUUCCGAGGUCGACAAAGAAGAGGCAGAGGCCGCGCCCGCGCCCGGGCUGGGCGGGGGCCCGGGUCCACGGCAGCGGACGCCGCUAGACAUCUUGACGCGCGUCUUCCCGGGCCACCGGCGGGGUGUCCUGGAGCUAGUGUUGCAGGGCUGCGGCGGCGACGUGGUGCAGGCUAUCGAGCAGGUGCUGAACCACCACCGCGGGGGCCUGGCGGCCGGCCUCGGCCCCGCCGUGCCCCCCGAUAAGGCCGCGAUGGGGGCAGUAGUAGCAGUGGAUGACGCGUGGCCUGGCCGCAUCGACGCCGCGGCCGCCGGGGGGCCGGGGCUGCCCGCGCCGCUGCAGGCGGGCCCAGCCGCACCUCCGCACCACAGACCUUUGCUGGCCGGCGCCAUGGCGCCCGGGGCGCUGGGCUCGCUGAGCAGCCGCUCGGCCUUCUCGCCACUGCAGCCCAACGCCAGUAACUUCGGCGCCGACGCGGGCGCCUACCCGUUGGGCGCGCCGCUCGGCCUCAGCCCCCUGCGCCUGGCCUACUCGGCGGCGGCGGCGCACAGUCGCGGCCUGGCCUUUAUGGCUCCCUACUCCACUGCCGGCCUGGUGCCCACACUCGGCUUCCGCCCGCCCAUGGACUACGCCUUCAGUGAUCUCAUGCGCGACCGCUCGGCCGCCGCUGCUGUGCACAAGGAGCCGACCUACGGCGGCGGCCUGUACGGGCCCAUGGUCAAUGGCGCCCCUGAGAAGCAGUAG